AUGAAAGAAAGAUCUAAUUAAUAAGCUAAGCAUGGACGAAGAAUUUCUGGUAAUUAUUAAAAUGAAGGUGACUAUUUAAUUGGAAAAGAGAGUCUUGUUUAAUCUCACAAAGGCUCAAUGCUAAUAAAAGCAAUGGAGAAUGAAUCUGUAGAGCGAUCAAGAAUGACAGAUUUAUCCUAUGCUGGAGGAUUCAACAAGAAUAAACUUAAUGACAAAUCUAAGUCCUCGAUCAUCGGAAAUAGUAGUUUACUUCUUUAAGGAAUCGGUAGCUCAUAAAGUAGGUAAACUAGAGGAAAUGGUUCGAAUCAUGGCAGCAAAAACCUAGAUAGCUCAGUCUAUUUCUCACCUCAGAGAUCUGUAUAAAGCGAUGCUGGUUUAUAUAGAAAAUUGAAGGACGGAAAAUUUAGCUAUGAUUAGACAAGGUAAAUUUUGCUAUCCAGGCAUUAAUAACUAGCCAACAAAAAACAAAGCUAAAAAGGAAAAUUCAGCCCAAGCCGUGAUCCUAAUCUUCCUAGAGACUAGAAUUAAAUGCAGAAAUUAUCUAAUAGCAAUUCGAAGUAUCUAUCAGUCCCCCAUGGCAUUCCAGAACAUCUUAAAAACAGAACUUCUGACGUUAGGACAGAUAGAAACAAGGUAUAUGCUAAAAGAUCAGAAGAUCCUAUGAUUAUGCCAACUUAAAUUACAGAUAUACCUGCUUAACUUUCUCUAAGAUAUAAUCAAAUUAAUGACAAUGAGAUCAUUUAUGAAAGCGAACUUAUGAAAUAUAAACCUGGAAUCAAGCAUUAGUAUAUGUCUAGAUGGUGCUAACUUACUAAGUCUCAUUUCAUUUACUAUGCUGAAGGCGUUCCUUAUGCAAGUUUUUUAGCUAGACCAUUAGCAGUGAUUCCGAUGGAUGCCAUUGAAUCAGUUAAAAGAGUAUAUGUAGAAGUUCCAGAGAAAGAUGAAAAUAACGGAGAAACUAGAUGGACUUAAAAUUAUGGAGCGACUACUAGUUCAGAUGGAGAUGACAGAGCUUACACAUCGCCAUUAAAACUGGCAUAAAUAAAUAAAUCUGCUGCUAAGUAUCAGAUUGUCGAAGUUGAAGAGGAAAAUGAAAGUUUAAAUAACAGCAGAGGAAAGUACGAUGUCAAAAUUGAUGUAAUAGAAAGUUCUGGAGAUAAAAGAGUCAACAGAUCUAAUAGCAAUAAAUUCAAAGAUUUCGAGAAUCAUUCUCCAAUUAGAAACAGGCUUGAGGUACCUGGAUCUUAAGAUUAAGCAGAUAGGAGUUAAUAAUCUCAUAGCAGAAAUAGGUCUCAAUCUCAUUUUACUCCAUCUAAAAAAUUACUUGAAAAUACAGCUGCUUAAACAUAGCAGGGUAGACAUUUGAUGCCUAAGCCAUCUCCAAGAAAAUUAUCUAAAGCUAGAGAAAUGAGUGAGUCACCAGAUAGAUCAAUGAGUCGAUCCCCUUCUGUUUAAAAGCAAGAUUAGAGCACUGUUUUAAGAGAAAAGAGAAAGAUAAGUUAAAAAAUAUUGAAGGAGAUUGAGAAACAUAUUUAAGACAAAGCUCAUAGAUAGCAUCUAAUUGGUUUAAUUGAGGAGUCUCUUUCCAAACCGUUAGAAAUUGAAGAGAUGAUAGUGAGAAAUCCUUCAAGUUGGAUUAAAUCUCUAAGUAGCAACUUCACUUGGACAAAUAGAGAGCUAGAGUGGUAUUUUGCAGAAGAUAGAUUCUUAUUUGCAGCGAAAAAUGAGGAAGAAUGUGAUAGAUGGGUCUGUAUUAUGAAUUGGAUUCUGGCUUAUGAAGAAGAUCAGACUAGAAAUAAUUAAGAUCAGAACACAGAGGAGGAGGUAGAUGUACAAGAAACUAAUGUUGUGGAAGCUUUUUAAUAUCACAAAGGAAAUCCUAAGUUCUACAAACUCAAGAGCGUUGAAAGUGACUUUGAUAAUAGCUCAGUUGAAAGAUAACAAAAGCAAAGACCGAAUGUUAUCAAUAACAAAAUGAGUCAUAAGAAUUCACUAAUUAAAGAAGAAUGA